AUGAGACGCCUUAAAUUGCUCAUGCUAUGGAAUUUGAAUUUCUCAGGAAGUCUCAAUUUUCUUUCAAGUGAAUUGGGGUAUCUUUAUUGGGGUAAAUACCCUUUCACUUGUUUGCCAUCAAGUUUUCAAGCCUAUCUUGUUGAACUGAUCCUACCUCGUAGCAAUAUCGUGCAACUAUGGAAGGGCACAAAGGUUCUACCUAAUUUGACACAUAUUGAUCUCUCUCACUCGAAAAAUCUUAUUAAGAUGCCAAAUUUUAAGGAGAUUCCAAAUCUCGAGAGCCUAGCUCUUGAAGGAUGUAUAAAACUAGUGAAGAUUGAUCCAUCCAUUGAAAUUCUAUACUUAGGGGGGAACAAUUUUGUGAUACUACCUUCUAACAUCAAGGAACUUUCCAAACUUAGAAGAUUAAACUUGCAACACUGUAAGCAGCUGAAAUAUUUGCCUGAGCUCCCAUCAAAUAAUGCCUUGCCAACAAGAAGAACAACAUAUUUAAGAAUUGUCGCUGAAUUUAAUAUUUUUGACUGCCCCAGUUUAAUUGAUGUGGAAUGUUGUUAUAUAAUGGCUUUUUCUUGGAUGAUACAAUUUCUUCAGAUGCACAUGCAAUCCGAGAUCCCAAUAGAACAGAUUACAAUUGUUAUUCCGAAAACUGAAAUUCCAAUGUGGCUCGACAAACAAAAUGUAGGUAGUUCAAUAAGCAUGGAUCCAUCACCCAUUAUGGAUGACAAGAAUUGGAUAGGUGUUGUUUGUUGCUUAACAUUUGUAGCACUUGAUAAUCCCACUACUUUAAGUAAAGAACAGCCUUCAGCAUGCAGGGAAGAAUUUAUUGGUUAUUAUAUGACCUAUCUAACAGAGGUAUUGCAUGAUAUUAGUUGUAUUGAAUUGAGAGCUAUAGUUAGGCAGCCCCUUGGUUUGCACUUGGAGGCAAAAAAUUGUGGUUAUCGUUGGAUAUUUAAGGAAGAUCUGGAACAAUUAAACUCACAAAUAUACAAUGGAAAUUCGUCAGUUCAGCCAUAUUAUUGA